AUUUACUUGAUCUGGACCUGAGCAGAUCUGAGUUUGGAUUUAGUGUCUUCCUGUCAUAAAUCACAUUUAUAUCACGUUUAUUUACUUAAUCUUUUAUUGCAUUUAAAACAUGACGACUCUUAGGCCUUUCACAUGCAACGAUUUAUUUAAAUUUAACAAUGUAAAUUUAGAUCCACUUACGGAGACAUAUGGACUUUCUUUUUAUACACACUAUCUAGCACAUUGGCCAGAGUAUUUUCAAGUAGCUGAAUCGCCAAGUGGAGAAAUUAUGGGUUAUAUUAUGGGAAAGGCAGAAGGGCAAGGAGAGAACUGGCAUGGUCAUAUAACAGCUCUUACAGUUUCACCUAAUUAUAGGAGAUUAGGUUUGGCUGCAAUGUUAAUAGAAUUUUUAGAGAAGGUUUCAGAAAAGAAGCAAGCAUAUUUUGUAGAUCUCUUUGUAAGAGUUAGUAAUAAGGUGGCAAUCAAAAUGUAUCAACAGUUAGGAUAUAUUGUUUAUAGGACUGUUUUAGAAUAUUAUACUGGAAACCCAGAUGAAGAUGCUUUUGACAUGAGAAAAGCACUUUCAAGAGAUGUGAAGAAAAAAUCAGUAAUACCAUUAACUCAUCCUGUAAGACCUGAAGAAAUAGACUGAAUCUAUAUUAUGAUUAUGUAUAUUGCUAAGGAUUUAAUCCAAAAUAAAUGAUAGAUUUAUAAGAA